AUGUACCAUGAACCAUCGAGUAAUUUCUUCCUUCUUAUACUAACAAACAGAAUUGGUGUGCGUUGUUUGUCCACCCCAGUGGAGCCAAAGGAGAAGGCCAACUCCAUUAUUGACGCCUUGCCAGGUAACAACCUCAUUUCUAAGACUGGUAUCUUAGCUACUUCCGCUGCCGCUGCCAUCUACGGUAUUUCCAACGAGUUGAUUAUUUUGCAUGACGAGACCAUCUUGGUUGUCACCUUCUCUUCUUUUGUCGCUCUUUGCGCCAAGUUCGUUGCUCCAUUGUACACUGAGUGGGCCGACGGUGAGAUCAACAAGGUCAACACCCUCUUGAACGAGUCCAAGAACAAGCACGUCACUGCUGUUAAGGACAGAAUUGAGUCUGUGUCUCAGUUGAAGGACGUUGUCAACACCACCAAGCAAUUGUUCAACAUUUCUAGAGAGACUGCCAAGUUGGAAGCCGAGAGCUUCGAGUUGAAGCAGAAGCUCGCCGUUGCCAACGAGGCCAAGGCUACCUUGGACUCUUGGGUCAGAUUCGAGCAGCAGCAGAGACAAUUGGAGCAGGAGCAGUUGCUCAAGUCUGUUUUGGACAAGGUCAACAAGGAAGUUGAGAACCCUAAGUUCCAGGACAAGGUUUUGGCCGAGGCUGUUUCCGAGGUUGAGAAGGUCUUUGCUAAGGCCUAA